CGACGUGAGUCCUUCGUGCUUUCGGGGGUUGCUCGUGAAAAUUUUCUUUCUCUCUCUCUCUCUCUCUCUCUCUCCCUCCCUCUCUCUCUCUUACUCAUUCACUCACUCUCUCAUUCUCUACCCCUUCUAUUACUUUCUCUCUAUCUCUCAUUCUAUCUUUCUCUCUGUCUCUUUAUCAUUGUCAGAGAGACACCCACAUAGAAACAUACGUAUACGUACAGAAAACACAUAAAUAUAUUGGACAUAUAUAUAUAUGCAUAAAACUGUGAAGCUUACUCAUUUAGCUCAGUCUCGUGCCGAUGGAAUCAACGUACCUUCCCCUCCUGUAGAUUGUGUGUUGGUGAAGAAGCCGAUCCUUCUUCAUUUUUCGGUAUAAUAUAUCGAGUAAGAUAAAAGUCGACCAAAGAAAAAAUGAUGUGAUAAAGAGAUAAGCAAUGUGUUAAGAUCAUAGAGAAGAAAAAGAAGAAGAAAAAGUAAUAGUAGUAGUAGUAGUAGUAAUAGUAGUGGUGGGGGAUUUGUUUGAAGUAUCUUUGACGAGGGAGUUUUAACAGACAUAACAAACCAGUAAAAAAGAUAGGUGAGAAGAGGUGAUAGUAAAGGGGUAGUAAGUACACACACACACAUACAUAUACACAUAGGACACUCGCGCACCGUGGCCAUUGACCUUCGAGGACGAACGCAAGGAUAGAAACGAAGAGAGAGGAAGAGAGAGAGAGAAAGAAAGAAAAAAAAAUAUAAGGGAGAAUAUUUCUCGCGGUGGAUACGGAAGAUCGUCGAAUAUUCGAGGAGGAGAAAAAGAAGGUGGUGAAAGAGGAGAGGAAGAAAAAGAGAUAAGGGGAGAGGAGGUAUAUCAUGGAUGUUAACUGGUGAGCCGAUUUGACGACGAUACGAAGAGGGAAGAAAAGGGGAAAGAGUAGAGUCGCGAAACGGGGAGUGCCGCCGGUAGCCGGUCUAGAGGGUGGAGGAAAAAGAGGAGAAGGAAGAAGAGGAAGAAGUGGUGGUGGUGGUGGUUGCUGUUCGUGGACGAAGAGAAGAGGAUAAUUCGGAGGGUUGAAAGAAGGAGUGAAAAAGGGAGAAAGAGAUAAUACUAGAAGAAGAAGAAGAAGAAGAAGAAGAAGAAGAAGAAGAAGAAGAAGAAGAAAAUGGGCUGCAACACGAGCAAGGAAAGCGUCCAGCCAGCUGCUGAAGAAGCAAAGGAGGACGUCAAGAAUGGUGAUAUUCUAAAAGUAAACGAAACAGAAAACAGUCCGAAAGAAACAAAAUCGAAGAAGGAGGCUUCGAAGGAAGAUCAAUCAGAAGAUAAGAAAGAAGAAGAAAGAGAACAAUUAGAAGAAAAAGAACAAGAGGACGUAUCAGAUAAGCAUAAAAUUGAAGCUGCUACAAGGAUACAGGCAGCAUUUCGCGGACAUCACGCGAGAAAGAGUAUGAAAGAGACUGAUACCUCGAAACAACAAACGGGGACCAACGAAACAGAAUCCGAGCCGACCAAGGAACAAUUGCAGCAGGAAUUUCGUUCCGACGAUAAAGAGCUCUGCAACGCAGCAACAAAAAUACAAGCAUCUUUCCGUGGCCACAUGUCGAGAAAAGAGCAAGCCGCAUCAGCUCUCGUCAAAACGGCGGGAGAAAUUGUUGAAAAUGCUGCUUCCAAAAUGGAGAAGAAGGUGGAGGAUGCUGUUAACGAAUUAGAGGGUAUAGAUCUAACGGAUCCGGAUUUGCAUAAGGCAGCAACAAAAAUCCAAGCGAGCUUCCGAGGUCACAAGGUUCGCCAGGAGGUGUCUGUGGCUCCUAACACCGAAGGCGAGGAUAAGAAAUAAGAUGGCGGCCGGGUGUGUCGGCCAUCUUGGGAAGAGGACCGAAAGUGAUUUUUUUAAAUUAUAUUCCCAAGGAGCGACGAGGGAGUCUGGUAGUUCCUCGAGAAAAUAAAAAAAAAAGAGAAAAAAAGACGAAGAAAUAAUAGAUAAGGAAGAGGAUGAAAAAAAAAAAAGUACCAGAAGGAUAAGAAGAAGAGAAAGUAAAAGUAGAAAGGGGGAAAAAUACCAAGUUACAAGAUCUCUUUCUUCAAACGAAACGAGGACGACAAAUUGACCGAAUCAUUACGCGAAUGUCGAAUUAAUUUUACUUUCGUAUUCCUUAUUUUUCCUCUAUCUCUUUUUUUUUUUUUUGUUCUUUUUUGUUAUUCUUUGCUCGUUUUAAAAUCGCAAAAGUUCGAAACUUUCAAUUUCUUUCCUCGACCGCUCUUCUUUUCUUUCCGAACAAAUUUUCUAACUUUACCGCAAAAAAAAAAAAAA